AUGGAAAACUACGGCAGUUCUACCGACUUCAGUUUCACACCUUUGAGAGAAUCUCUGGCCAACCUCAGUCUGAACAGUCGUGUGGCGCAUUCACAAAAACAGCUCAUCACUUCACUGCCUGUUUUUGACGAGGAAUCACGUGACAGCGGUUUUGGAUCACCCGGAUCGCCGCUGGUGUUUGCCGAUUCGUGUCAGAUCGCUACAGAUGUUCCCACGGUAACUCAUCGUGGGCCUAGGAAAUCCCUGUUCUCAACUAAGAGAUCAAGAGAAGAAACUGAAGACGAAAACAGUUACGCACACAAGAGAUCAAAAAGUUUCGAAGAAGAGAAUUUUCCCAUUCGAUUCGUGGACAUACAGUCUUGCGCACAAAGCUUGGAUAUUCAGCCACGACUUCUCUCAGCUUGCGGGGAUAUCAUUCCACAACAACCAUUAUCAGAUCGCGUGGAAUUCCUGCCUCAACUUCACUCUGAUCACGUGGAUAUCUUGGCGCAACCUCUCUCUGGUCACGAGGAUAUCUUAGCGCAACCUCUCUCUGAUAAUGUGGAUAUCUUAGCGCAACCUUUCUCUGACCAUGUGGACAUCUUGCCACUACCUCUGUCCGGUCAUGAGGACACCGUGUCACAUCAGUCGCUGUCCGAGUGUUCAGAUAACGUGAAGUUGGCCGUCGAGAAAUUAGAACACGAAGAAGAACUAAUAGGCGACGGAAGUAGAAAACAUACAUUACCGACAACGUCAGGAAAGAAAGUCGACCUCAAGUACAUUUCGCCAACAACGAUGUUUGACCUCUUGGCAAGAAAAUACGAUGACGUCAUUUCCGGAUUUCAAAUCAUUGAUUGUCGAUACCCAUAUGAGUUUAAUGGCGGACAUAUUGAGGGUGCAAAAAAUAUCUACACCGAAACCGAGAUGGAUAGUCUGCUGAAGUCAAGCCAAAGGAAGUCGACUGAUCGACAUAUUCUUAUUGCUCACUGCGAAUUUUCAUCAGAGAGGGGACCAAAAAUGCUUCGGUAUUUGCGAUCUGUGGACCGGAAACAGAACUGUGACGUAUAUCCGUCUCUCUGCUACCCCGAGAUCUAUGUUCUUAAUGGCGGAUACAAGGCCUUCUACGAAGAACACGUGGAAAAAUGCCAGCCAAUGAAGUACAUUCCUAUGCUGCACAAAUCUCAUUCUGACGACCUACGUCAUUUCCGGUCGCGAUCGAAGUCCUGGACUGCGGGAGAAGCGAAAAGCAAGUUGAGAAGAAACCGAUUUGAAAGUUUGUGCUCGAAUUAGACAUGCGGAUGAUACGAGUAUGUAUACGCGGGAAUUUGUUGUCAUAUUUGGACGUUUGCUAAGACGUGAUAACAAAACUCAUAGUGCUAUGAAAUACAUGACGGUUAUAAUAUGAUACCGCCAUUUGCUUGUAAAUAUAAUUUAUUUGGUAUCGUGUUAAUAUAUCAAUAUUUAUUAAAUAUUCAUCCACCAAUAUCCGCCCACCCAUCUACCCAUCUAUUCAUCCAUCCACCCUCCUUCCACCCACCCAU